AUGUCGCUGUCCCGGUGCCGCCGGGCGGUGCCCGCUGGACGAUGCUCGCCCCGGCGCUGCCCCCGUUUGCCGGGUGACCCCCGGCCGCCCGUGCCCUGUCGCCGGCACCGCGCUAAGAUGCCCCUGGAGCUGACCAUUGCCCUGCCAGGAGGUGGAGGGGAGCCCCUGGGCCAGUGGCCAGGAGGGCGCAGCAACUGCAGCCACAUCACCAGUGGCUUUCCAGGGAGCGAGUGGGAAAAGCCCUUCGGGAGGCCGGGCUGGGCGGGGGCCGCGCCGCUCCGCUCCCCCCGGACCGUGCUCCGGGCCGCCCUCCAUAAAGGGGCGGGAGCGGCGGGGUCGGUGCGCGCCGGCACCGCCUGCGCCCGGCACGGCUCGGCACGGAGCGGCGCGGAGCGGUGCGGGACGGAGCGGCCCCGCGGGGGCGCAGUGUGUGAGGAUGUGCUGCAGGCUGACAUUGCCUUCCUGGUGGAUGGCUCAUCCAGCAUCGGAAGGAACAACUUCCAUGCUGUCCGCACCUUCAUGGACGAGCUGGUGGCGCCCUUCGUGCAGGUGGUGGGUGAGAAGGCAGUGCGCUUUGCCGUGGCACAGUACAGUGAUGACCCACGGGUGGAGUUCCCAUUCUCCCAGCACACUGAUGGUGCAAGUGUCCGGAGGGCCAUCCAGCAGCUGAGCUACAAGAGCGGCAACACGCGGACAGGCGCUGGCUUCCGCUACAUUGCUGACAACUUCUUCAGCCCCACGCAGCGCCGGCCUGGGGUCCCACAGAUCUGCAUUCUCAUCACGGAUGGCAAGUCCCAGGAUGAUGCUGAGGGGCCAGCAGCAAAGCUGAAGAGCCAGGGAAUCAAGGUCUUCGCCGUGGGUAUUAAGAAUGCUGACCACAAGGAGCUGAUCCGUGUGGCCUCAACACCUACUGAGGCCUUCUUCUUCUACGUUGGUGAUUUCAAGCUGCUGGAUACGCUGGUGCCACUGAUGACACGCAGGGUGUGCACGAGUGUUGGAGGCACCCUGCGCCUGCUGGAUGGGCCAAGCCACACUGGCCCCUCCAACCUGGAGAUCCCAGAGGGGGGCCUCGACCAUCUGCGAGUCCGCUGGAGAGCAGCCAGUGGUCCCAUCACUGGCUACCGGGUGCAGUACGUGCCCCUGACAGGGCUAGGGCAGCCCAUCAUGGCAGAGAGGCAGGAGGUGAGCGUGGGGCCACGGGAGACAAGCACUGUGCUCCGGGGGCUGCGUGUGGGGACAGAGUACCUGGUGACUGUCACUGCCCAGUAUGCCAACAGCAUCGGCGAGUCAGUGUCCGGCCGAGCACGAACCCGGCACCUGGUGGGUGUGCAGCACCUGAGUGUCCACAACGUGUCAGCACAGAGUAUGCUGCUGGCCUGGCAGCCUGUCACUGGUGCCACCGGCUACCGGCUCUCCUGGGCAACCCGCACAGGGCAGGACAGGCACAGGGUGGACCUGGAUGCUGGGCAGACGUCACACGCAUUGGUAGGGCUGCAGCCCAACACUGACUAUGUGGUGAUGGUGGCCCCACUCUUCAGGCAGCUGGAGGGGCCCACAGCCACUGUGCAGCAGAGGACAGAGGCAGGUACAGACCAGACGCUGCAGACCAACAUCCUGGGCCCCACAUCCAUCCAGGUGCUCUGGACCAGUGCCCGUGAUGCUCGUGGCUACCGCCUGGAGUGGAAGAGAGCCACAGGACCAGAGCCCCCCAGAACGGUGUCUCUCCCCAGCAGCACCAAUACUUACCAGCUGACAGGGCUGAAGCCAGGCACCGAGUACCGCAUCACCCUCUACACGCUCUACGAUGGUGGGGAGGUGGCCACCCCUGUCACCACCUUUCAGACAGGCACGGAGGCACCCGUGGGUGCUGUGUCAAACCUGCGGCUCACUGAGGAGUCGGGCAGGCGGGUGCGGCUGAGCUGGACUGGUGUCCCCGGUGCCACCGAGUACAAGGUGGUGGUGCGCAACAACCAGGGUGAGCCUAGGACGAGGCGCAUCCCAGGCAGCCAGACGGGGCUGGAGCUCGGUGACCUGCGGGAGGGCAUCGCCUACCUGGUGCGUGUUUCGGCACUCGCAGGCAGUCAGGAGGGCAGUGCUGCCACACUCACCAUCCGCCUCAAGUAUCCAGAGGUGGGCAGCAUUUCGGAGCUGCGGGUGAUGGAGGCCGGUCCCAGCCAGCUGCGGGUCACCUGGCGAGGGCUACCAGGUGCCGGGGGCUAUCUGCUGACAUGGCAAGGCAGUGACGGUCAGAAGAAAUCCCGCUUCCUCCCUGCUGACCCCACCACCUUCACCAUCGAGGGGCUGCACGCCAACAUCGUCUACACUGUCAGUGUCUCAGCCAUUGUGGAUGGCCGUGAGGGCAGCCCUGUCACUGCCACGGGACGGAUAGUGCCAGAGCAGGUGGGGAAGGUGACCCAGCUGGAGGUCCAGGCAUCCAGGAGCAACGUUGCCCGUGUCACUUGGGUCGGUGUGCCGGGAGCCACUGCCUACCGUGUGGUGUGGAGCCGCAGGGAUGGCGGUUCGGAGAAUAGCCGGCGAGUUCCUGGCCACACCAACUCCUUUGACAUCCCCAACCUGGAGGGAGGCGUCUCCUACACGGUGAAGGUGACAGCACUCAUUGGCAACCGGGAAGGCAACCCCGUCUCCGUUGUCGUCACCACCCCGGAGGCCGUCCCCCUGCGCUCCAUCAGUGGCUUCCAGGUGACCGAGGCCUCGGAGCGCCGCCUGCGCCUGACCUGGCUGCCGGUGCCUGGCAGCACCGGCUACCGCCUGUUCUGGCGCCUGGCUGAAGGGGGGUCCCAGCAUAGCCAGCAGCUCCCAGCCACCUCCAGCUCUUAUGUUCUGUCGGGACUGGAACCGGGGCGGCGCUACCAGAUCAGCAUCACCAGCCUGGCUGGCAGCCGAGAGAGUGAGCCAGCUACCAUCACUGCCAUCACCACUUCCCCAAGCCACAUCACCAGCCUGCGGGUAACGGAGGUGCAGAGAGAUUCGGUGACUCUCACCUGGACCCCAGUCCCUGGUGCCUCUGGCUACAUCCUCUCCUGGAGUCCUCCCGCAGGUGAGAUGAGUGGGUGGGGGCAGACGCUGCCCAGCAGUGCCAGCUCCCAGCAGGUCUCCGGGCUGCGCCUGGGCCAGCGCUACACCUUCACCCUCCGCCCACUGCUGGGGAGCGCGCCGGGCGCCGAGGUGUCCGUCAGCGAGCGCACAGUCUGCAGGGAUGCCCUGGGUGACGUGGUCUUCCUAGUACACGGCACCCGCAACAGCUCCUCUGGUGCCGACGCUGUGCGCACCCUCCUGUCCAACACCGUGUCGGCCCUGGGGCGCCUGGGCCCUGAGGGCACACAGGUGGCCCUGGCCACAUACAGCUACCGCAGCCUGCCCUGGCUUCUCCUCAAUCGCUCCAGCGACCUGCCCACUGUGCUGGAACAGAUCCGUGCCAUGCGCUACGAGGAGCCCAGUGGCAACGCCAUCGGGGCUGCCAUCACUUUUGCCAGGACCUAUCUGCUGAGUCCUGGUGCAGGGCGCCGUCCCGGCGUGCCAGCAGUGCUGGUGGUUCUGGCUGACAGCCCCUCUGGGGAUGAUGCCAUCACUGUGGCCAGGGAUGUCAAGGCUGGGGGCGUCCAGGUGCUGGCAGUGGGCAUGGAGGGGGCAGACCGGGAGCAGCUGCGGCGCAUGGUCACCAGCGAGGACCCGCGGUACAUCUACCAUGGCAGCGACCUGGCAGAGCUGGAGGGAGAGCUCACUGAUGAUCUCUGCACCAUCAUCUCCACCAAGCCAGUGCCGAAGCCAAAGCCCUGCACUGUGCAGUGCCCCAAGGGCGAGAAGGGAGACCGCGGAGAGGCAGGACUGCAAGGACGUAUGGGACCACCAGGUCUCCCUGGUCAGCCGGGUCGCCAUGGGCUUCCUGGCCCUCCAGGACCACCAGGGCCACAGGGUCCACCAGGAGAGAGUGCUGAGAGUCUGGGCAAAAAGGGGGACAGGGGAUUUCCUGGAGCCGAUGGGACACCAGGAAGCCCUGGACGCCCUGGGAAUCCUGGAUUACCUGGGCAGCCAGGCAUCCAGGGCAUCCCUGGUCCUCGAGGGGAUCCUGGGACACCGGGGCCCGUGGGACCUAGUGGCCCAAAGGGGCAGAAAGGUGAACCGGGAGAGCCCAGGGUGAUCACUGAUGGAGAGCAGAGGCUGCCAGGCCAGAAAGGGGAGCCAGGUGUGCCGGGCAGCCCCGGCUCACCUGGGAUCCCUGGCCCACGGGGGCCCCUUGGUGAUCCAGGCCCCCCUGGUCCACUUGGACCCAUGGGGCUACCAGGACCUCCUGGAGAGUUUGUGAAGGGAGAAAAGGGUGACCGAGGGGAAAGGGGCCCCCCUGGAUUCAUAGAUGGGGCAGUACCUCGAGGGGAUCCUGGACUCCCAGGCCUGCCUGGGGACCCUGGGCCUCGGGGACCUGCUGGGCCCCCUGGCCUGAAGGGAGAGAAGGGUGAUGGCAUAGAAGGUUUCCCAGGGUCACCUGGCCGUCCUGGGGACCCAGGAGACAGGGGUCCUCGGGGGCCACCAGGGGAGCAGGGCAGGAAGGGAGACCGUGGGGCGCCGGGCGAGCUGGGAGAGACAGGCGAGAAGGGAGACCGUGGUGUGCCAGGCCCAGAGGGUGUUAAGGGUGAGAUGGGAGCCCCAGGGCCAUCAGGCAGAGAGGGAGCUCCAGGACCAGCUGGCCCCCGGGGUGAGAAGGGCGAUCCAGGACCACCUGGCAAGCCAGCUCCCAGCGUGGCUGGUGUUGGAGAGAAGGGUGACAGAGGUUUCCCAGGACCAGAAGGACCUCCUGGCCCCAAGGGUGACACAGGAGAUCAAGGUGCCCGUGGUCCCCCUGGCCUGAGCAUCCCAGGGCCACCUGGCCCCAAAGGCGAGCAGGGUGAUCGGGGUAUCACUGGCCUCACAGGCAGGAGUGGCCCAAAGGGUGACCCAGGAGAGCCAGGGGAGAAGGGGGAGCCGGGCCGAGCAGGCAGCCCUGGGCAGAUCGGGCUGCGAGGCAAGGAGGGAGAGCGAGGAGAGAAGGGUGACGAAGGCACCCCGGGCGAAGCAGGUCUGCCUGGCAAACCUGGAGACAGGGGUCCCCGGGGCCUUCCUGGCUACCGUGGUCCCCCCGGGGAGAAGGGUGACUUGGGAGACCCAGGACCUGAAGGCAGGAAUGGCAGCCCUGGAGCACCAGGGAGCAAGGGUGACCGUGGGGACCCGGGGCCUCCUGGACCCCCAGGACGAACUGGGGAGCCUGGGGACCCAGGCAAGGAUGGUGUGAGCGGUGCCCGGGGUGAUGCUGGCCCCCCUGGAGUGCCUGGAGAGAGGGGUGUGGAGGGCCCCCGUGGCCCCCCUGGCACACGGGGUGACCCUGGGGACCGAGGCCUGCCAGGAGAGAAGGGGGACCGUGGCCCACCGGGGCUGGAUGGCCGCAAUGGGCUGGAGGGCAAACCUGGGCCCCCAGGGCCUGCUGGGCUGCGGGGGGACCCGGGAAAGCAAGGAGAUCCUGGCCGGGAUGGGCUGCCAGGGCUGCGUGGGGAGCAGGGCCCACCUGGUCCUGUGGGUCCCCUGGGACCACCUGGCGUGCCUGGCAAACCCGGUGAGGAUGGCAAACCUGGCCUGAAUGGCAAGAAUGGAGAAGAUGGGACACCAGGAGAGGAUGGGAGAAAGGGAGACAAAGGUGAUACAGGACUACCUGGGAGAGAGGGCCGCAGCGGUGCCAAGGGCGAGCAGGGGGACAGAGGUGUGCCAGGCCCCCUUGGCCCCCCUGGCCUUCCCGGGGUCCCAGGCCAGGUUGGCCCCCCAGGCCAGGGCUCCCCAGGCCUCCGUGGGGUGGCUGGACCAAAGGGGGACCCAGGGGAGCCUGGACUGCGAGGGGAGCCGGGGCGACCUGGCAACCCUGGAGCACGUGGAGACCCUGGGACUACAGUGAACAUUGAACGUAGCCUGGAAGCACUCGGCAUCAAGGUCUCAUCCCUGAAGGAGCUCACGAGUGCCUAUGAUGGGAGCUCAGACUCGCUACUGCCGGGCUUUGAGCGGCUGCGGGGCCAGAAGGGCAGUCGGGGGGAUCCAGGAGAAAGGGGGCCCCCAGGCCGAGAGGGCUCCUUAGGCUUCCCUGGUGAGCGAGGACCCAAAGGUGACAAGGGGGACCCAGGCAGCCCCGGCCCCCAGGGCCCCAUGGGCCGGGCCGUGGGCGAGCGGGGUCCCGAAGGGCCGCCGGGGCAGCCAGGGGAGCCUGGCAAGCCGGGCAUUCCUGGGGUGCCGGGCCGGGCUGGGGAGCUGGGAGAGUCUGGGAGGUCCGGCGAGAAGGGCGACCGAGGCGAGAAGGGCGACCGAGGUGAGCAGGGAAGGGACGGCGUGCCUGGACCCCCGGGGCCCCCAGGGCCCAAGGUGGACGUGGUGGAGGGCAGCCUGAUGGGCCUCCCAGGCGAGCGCGGCCCCACCGGACCCAAAGGAGCCAAGGGUGAGCCAGGAGCUGAGGGCGAGCGGGGACCCAAAGGAGAUAAGGGCGAGGGUGGCCUGAGGGGUGACCGAGGGGAGCCUGGUGAGAAGGGCAGGGAUGGCGCCCCGGGUCUCCCGGGUGAGCGAGGGCUGGCAGGCCCUGAGGGGAAGCCGGGCUUGCCAGGCUUUCCUGGCGUGCUGGGACGCCCGGGCAAUCAGGGAGAGCCAGGACCCCCAGGACCUCCGGGCAGCACUGGCCCACCAGGCACCCAGGGCACAGCUGGUGCCAAGGGUGAUCCAGGGGAACCUGGCUCCAGCAUCCGUGGCUUGCCUGGUCCCCAGGGCAACAUGGGCUUGCCAGGACCCCUUGGCCCCCCUGGCCCCGUGGGCCCACCAGGUGUGCCUGGGCUGCCAGGACAAGUGGGGGAGAGCGGGAAGCCAGGCGUGCCAGGCAGGGAUGGUGUGCCCGGGAAGGAUGGCGAGGCAGGAGUGCCUGGGAAGAUGGGCUUACCAGGACCUUCAGGGCCUGCUGGUCCCAAGGGAGAGCCAGGGGAUGCUGGAGCCCCAGGGCAGGCCAUUGCUGGUCCCCCUGGAGCCAAGGGAGAGAAGGGUGAACCGGCGCUGCUGGAGGGUGUGCUGCUGGGAGAGCCCGGCUCCAAGGGAGACCGAGGCUUGCCAGGCCCCAAGGGCGAGAAGGGGGAGCCAGGAAGGUUUGGAGAGCCGGGAGAUCCUGGAGAAGAUGGAGCCAAGGGAUCCCCUGGAGCCAAAGGGGAGAAGGGAUCACUGGGUGUCGGUGCAAGGGGACCACCAGGACAGGACGGGCCUCCAGGUUUGAAGGGUGACACCGGCUUGCCAGGAUUACCAGGACCCCCAGGCUUAGCAGGCAUUGCUGGGAUGCCAGGACAGCCAGGCCUGAGAGGGGACAAUGGACAGCCUGGCCCUCCAGGGCCCCCAGGAGAGAGGGGUUUGAUCGGCUUUCCUGGCAGGGAUGGCACUGCUGGACCACCAGGACCUGUGGGGCCCCCAGGGCCGGCCGGCAUUCAAGGGGCCCCUGGCCUGAAAGGUGACAAGGGCGCUCCGGGGGCCGGGCUGCCAGGGGCCAGAGGUGAACGUGGUGACCCCGGACCACGGGGUGAAGAUGGGCGCCCAGGGCCAGAAGGGGAUCGUGGGCCAGCAGGCUUGCCUGGGAAUCGUGGGGAGCGUGGGGACAAGGGAGACCUUGGGGCCCCAGGACCCAAAGGAGACAAGGGCGAUACUGUGGUGGUGGAGGGGCCACCUGGAGCACGGGGCAGCAAGGGGGAGCCGGGAGAGCGUGGCCUGAAGGGCACAGAAGGGGACAAGGGGGACAAGGGGGAGCAAGGCAUGCUCGGAGAGAAGGGCACAAGGGGUGAGCAAGGAGAGAAAGGUUCCAUGGGCUUCCCUGGGGCACGUGGCCCCAGCGGGCAGAAGGGAGAGGUUGGAGCACCAGGAGAGCCUGGCGAGCCGGGUCAGCCUGGCUGUGAUGGCAUCCCCGGGGCACGGGGAGAGAAGGGGGACAUGGGACCCCUGGGCAUGCGUGGCCUCAAGGGUGACCGAGGCAUGAAAGGUGCCUGUGGCCUCAAUGGGGACAAGGGCGAGAAGGGAGAGCCAGGGAUCCCGGGGCGCUCGGGACUGCCAGGGAGGAAAGGCGAGCCGGGAGAUCUGGGUCUGUCAGGACCACCAGGCAUUCCAGGAAAGGAAGGGCUCAUGGGACCCAAGGGUGACCGGGGAUUUGACGGGCAGCAGGGAGCCAAAGGAGACCAGGGGGAGAAAGGAGACCGGGGUGCCCCAGGUGUUAUGGGUGUGCCUGGUCCCCGGGGCAGUGACGGUGCUCCUGGCCCCCCUGGGCCCUCGGGGAGCGUUGGCCCACGAGGUCCUGAGGGCAUGCAGGGCCAGAAGGGGGAGAGGGGCCCCCCGGGACAGUCGGUGCCGGGUGCUCGCGGCGUGCCCGGCAUCCCUGGUGAGAGAGGAGAGCAGGGCAGUCCUGGUGCCCACGGGCUCCGUGGGGAGAAGGGGGAGCCAGGCAUGACGGAGGAGGAGAUCCGUGGCUUCGUCAGGCAGGAGAUGAGCCAGCACUGUGCCUGUGGUGGCCACUUUCCACGGCACCAGGACUCACGUGAGCACUCAGGAGGCUGGGGGGCUCAGGCCAGGAGCAGCUUCCAUUCGGCCCAGGGAGCAGGAAGAAUCGUCCGCCAGGAGAGAGAGCAUGACCAAACAGGGUCCGUCUCCACUCAGCCAUUCCUUGCUGGCAGUGCUCACAUAGUGCCUGUGCUCAAAUUGUCACACGCUGAGGAAGAUGAGGGGCAGGACAGGCAGAUCAUGAUCGACAGUGAUGACCUGGGGUAUGACAGCAUGGAUGGAGAGGAGGAGGACUACGAUGAGGUCCUGGAGAUGGACAGCUUGGAGCAGCCUGCAGUGGAUGCUGAGCCCUGCAGGCUGCCCCUGGACGAGGGGGACUGCCAGCGCUACACCCUGCGCUGGUACUACAACCAAAGAGUGGCCGAGUGCCGGCCCUUCGUCUACAGCGGCUGCCAGGGCAACCUCAACCGCUUCGACAGCAGGGAGGAGUGUGAGCUGCACUGUGGGGCAGAUUCCCGUGGCAGUGCUGGCAGCCAGGAGGGAGGGCAGCCAAAGGCGUAGGUGCAGGCAGUGUCCUGGCAGGCAGGGCUGCCUGGAAAUGGGGCCCAGCUGCCUCCCUGGCCGGGGCUGGACUGCUCGUGGUGGCAGUGGCCAGCACCAGCCCCAGCAGGAACCUGGUGCUAUUUCUAACCUGUCUUUAUGCUGCUCAUGGGUUUUUCAUUGCCUGUUUAUUGUCAUUAAGGUGAAAUUUAUCUCAAAUGGGAAACUGCCUCCCACCAAGGCUCUGAACCCCCUUUCCCACUGGGCUGUUCUGUUUGAUUUUUAAAUUAUUUGUUGUCAACAGAAUGGUUCUUAGCUGUGUUCCCCUUCUCUGGAAGCAGAGCUGGGACUUGGCACUUGGGAGUUGGACUCCCUCCCCUCCCAUAAUACCCUUGUACCCUUUCCUGCCCCUGAAACUCCCUCUCUGCUCUGCACUCUCUGCUGGGAGAGCUGCCCACAACCUUGUGCCAGGCAGUGCCUCCCUGCACAACAUCCCUCACCCCCUCCCUGCAAUGAGCUCCAUUUGAAUAAAUUUCACCUUAACCUCAACUAGGGCCCAGUUUCCCUUUUGUGGCUGUGAUGGUUUGGCAGUGAUCUGUGGGAGACUGGAGGCUCUUGUCAUGUGCUACCCUUCAGAUCACAUGCCUGCCAGCACCUUUCUUCAAUCUGGGGGAUCUCACCUGCACCCCCAGGCCUGUCAGGGAAACCCUGAAGAUGGUGCUAUGUUAGAAGAGGUUCCUGCUCGUCCACGCUUACUCUCAGAGGCUUUGUGAAAGUGAUGUUGGCUGCCAGGGUGGCAGCCCCUGCUUCCCCCCAUGCCCAGGGCUGAGUAGGGACAUGCCCUUCAGUGUCCCAGAGCCCCAGGGGCUGCCAGGUGGGCUGUGUGGCCCCCACACGUACUGCUGUUCUCUGUGUAUAUCUAUAUACAAAUGUAUAUGUGUACCAAUGCAGGGGGAUGUGUAUUAAA